CCAUACGGUCAUAAACCUGUCGCCUCACCCUCGGCAGGGACGGGUAAGUGUAAAGAGCCCUCCUCGCCCUUCUUAAAGAAAUGGUGGCACGAUUUUAUGCUCCGGCUCGUGGGAUAGGGUUUUUGGGUUUUAGGGCAACGAAUAUACCUUGGGAACUAAAGAAUGUACCAACGUUAUACCCUUGGGAAAUUAGGGCAAGAUGAAGCAGGAGAUAGUUGAGCGAUCGCCGGGAGCGCUGGCGGAGCCAGCAGCUGGAGCAGCGGCUCCGGCGGCGGCAGCUGGAUCGGGCGGAGCUGGAGCGGCGGCUCCAAAAAAGAAGAUUUGCUGCGCUUGCCCUGAUACCAAGAAAUUGCGGGACGAAUGCAUUGCCGAGCACGGCGAGGACGCUUGCGGCAAGUGGAUCGAUGUCCAUCUCCGGUGCCUGCGAGAGGAGGGUUUCAAUGUCUAGGAAGGAUGGAUAGAUAGCUUUUCGAUCACUACGGUAAAAUUUACAAUAAGAACAUCGUUGGUAGCUAGAUCCCCCGGAGUCCUGAAUUUGCAAUAGUUUUUAGCCAUGAUUUGAUCAAUCAAGAAUGUUCUCAACAUGCUUGCUGGUGCGCAUCGACGUCACGGAGGAGAACUAAAACCGGCAGUCAAUCAUACAGAUGAUAAAAAAAUCCCGACUAGGCAAAUGCCCUCCAGCGGCAUUUGGUAUGAUCACAUGAUCAUCGAAAAGAAAACUCCGCGAUUUUGACAGGGGGGACUCUUGUUUUUAUGCUGCUCGAUCACAAUUUGGAUUGCUUUGAGCUGGCAAUUGGGAUCCUGCCAGAUCCAAGUGGGCUCACUGCUGCUGCUGCUGUUGGUUUGCCGGCGACGCGAUCGAUCGACCGAGAGAUAGAUCGAUCCAUCCUAAAUUGCCAAGCAAAGGGGCGAGAUCUAUCUAACUUAGCAGGGUGUGUGUUCUGUCACUGCAAAAAGCUGCGUGGGGGUGCCAGAGAUUGUCGCAUUCAGGGGUAGGCUGCCACCAACACACGAACAGCAACAACAAUUGCGCGACAUCGAGAUCGAUUCUUCUUCGUCUUCCAAGGUUGUUUUGGUUGUUCUUCCAAGAAAUUCGUCAUUCUCUUCUUUCUUCCAAGUCAAGUUCCCUGGUUUUUUAAGUGAGAAAAGUUCUCUGGGCUCCCUCUAGAUCGAUCCUGGAAAGUGGUGCUUGACUUCCAAGGGAUAUACACAUCCCUCAUCCAAUCCCUGGCUUGUCUUCCUCUUAAAUCCAUUGCUUCUAUCAUGUGUUCUUCUUCCUCGGGCCCUCCGGAGUUCUCGGAAGAAUGACAGCAAGCUCGUGUUCUUCCUGGCUAUGGCGGCUAACUUGGGGAUGGAAUGCUGGGUCGCCGUGAUUCUGCUCGCUCUUCUACUCCAGCCCACUAGCGCCCACAACUCGGACAGGUAUGCGCUCCUGGCAUUCAAGGCUGCCAUCUCCAGCGAUCCACUGGGCACGCUGGGCGAAUGGGAUCCCAGCGACGCCCUCCACUGCCGCUGGAAUGGGGUCCUGUGCAGCACGAUUGAGCACGAGCACCGGGUCGUGGGUAUCAAUCUCCCGGACAAAUCUCUCUCCGGUUCCAUUCCCAGGGAUCUCCAGGCGCUGUCGCAGCUCCAGCGGAUCAAUCUCCGCAACAACAGCUUCUCGGGCGGGAUCCCUCAAGAAAUCACGCGCAUACAGACUCUCCACAAGAUGAUCCUCGGCAACAAUCGCCUGUCCGGGGCUCUCCCUCGCGACCUCGCCGCACUCGUGAAUCUGGAGUACAUUGAUCUCAGCAACAAUCUCCUCGAGGGCGCGAUUCCUCCGGGCCUGGGCGGGACGAAGGAGCUCGAGCAUCUCAAUCUCUCCGGGAAUAUCCUCUCGGGGCAUAUACCCCAGAAUCUAAGUACCGCCAGCCUGGAUCUUUCGCGGAACAAUCUCAGCGGUCCGAUCCCGCGUGAGCUCCACGGUGUGCCGCGCGCGGCGUUCAACGGCAAUGCCGGUCUGUGCGGUGCACCGCUGCGUCGUCCGUGCGGCGCGCCGGCGCCGCGGGCGUCUCACCGUGCGGUACCGUCGGCAGCGAACGGCAAGAACAGCAGGGCGGCCAAGAGCAAGGGGCAAGGGCUGAGCGUCAAGGAGAUUCUUGCCAUUGUGGUGGGGGAUGCCGUGGGGAUCGUUCUCCUGGGUCUGGUUUUCAUCUACUGCUUCCGGAGGAACAGGAUUUGCCGCUACUUGAAGCUGCGGCACAAGAAUCGUGGAGCUCGAUCUCCUGGAGGCGAUUCCAGUGGCAGCAGCGAGCCUCCGGAUCACUGCUGCCUCUGGGGCAUCUGCUGCUGCUGCUGCGGCGAUGGAUCCGACUGGCUCGGGGAUGAAUCCGGCACCGAGGGCGAGCUGGUGCUGUUCGAGAACGAUCGCAACGAUCGCCUUACGUUCGACCUCGAGGAUCUUCUCCGCGCCUCGGCCUAUGUCAUCAGCAAAGGCGGAUCUGGCGGCAUUGUCUACAAGGCUGUCCUGGAGAGCGGCGUGACGCUGGCGGUACGCCGGCUGGCGGCGGACAGCGGCGGCGGCGCGGCCGGCGUACCGCGCAAGCAGAAGCUCUUCGACACCGAGGUCCAGAUCCUUGGGCGCAUCCGUCACCCUUGCAUCGUCAAGCUGCGAGCCUACUACAGCGGCCCCGAUGAGAAGCUCCUCGUCUACGACUACAUUCCCAAUGGUAGCCUCGCCACCGCGCUCCACGGCCAGAUUGCUCCCUACUCGCUCACAUCCUUGACGUGGGCGGAGCGAGUGAGAAUCGCGAGGAGGGUUUCCGAGGGCUUGGCUCACAUCCACGAAUGCGGGCCCAAGAAAUACAUCCACGGCGACAUCCGCCCCAAGAACAUCCUCCUGAGCUCCAACAUGGACGCCUUCAUCUCCGACUUUGGGCUGAGCCGGCUCAUCACCAUCUCGGGCAGCGCAGAGAACUCGAGGUCGGGCAGCCGCAACGCAAACACGUCGGCGUCGCUGGCUACCGCCGCGGUAGUCCUGGGUGCCGCCGGCGGCACGGGUCUCAACUCGGGCGUGUCCGUGGAGGCGGACUACAGCGAGUUUCGAGCCGGGCACCUGGAGACGGAGGCUUACCGGCCACCCGAGGCACGGCUCGCGAGCUCCAAGCCGACGCAAAAGUGGGACGUCUACUCGUUUGGGCUGGUGAUGCUGGAGCUCAUCACCGGCAAGAGCGCGACGCAGCACCUCAAGCAGCAGGAGCUCCAGCAGUGGCAGCUGCAAUUCCAGCAGCACUUGAUCCAGCAGCAAAUGGUGGCGGCGUCCUCCACGAAUGUUGGAAGCUCGAAUGGAUCCACGACGCCGCCAUCGACAACGCCCACGACCGCGCCCACGACGCCACCCACGACGCCGGCGGCCACUCCGUCGACGCCAAGGACGCCAUCGACGCCGACGCCGACGCCGACGACGGGAUCCAAGGCGGCGACGCCCACCACCACCGCUGCCGCCGGCGGCACCGCGGCUAAUACCGCCGGUACCGCCGCGAGCGAGACGAUGCCGCUGGUGGAAUGGGCGCACAAGAUGUGGGAGGGGAAGAGGCCGGUGUUUGAGCUGCUGGAUCCGACGCUCAUGCACGGCAUUGCUCCACAGCAGAGGGACGUGUCCGAGUUCUUGCGGAUUGCGUUGAGCUGCGUGGCGCUGGCGUCGGAGCAGCGGCCAAAGAUGCGGCACGUCUGUGAGGCGCUCAAGAAAAUUGGUGGCGCUUGAUAGAUUUGCUAUGUGCUUGAGAAGAGAAAGGUGGCGGACUGGAAAUAACUUGCUUUGUUUUGUCAAAAUGAAAAAAUGGAUGAUCUUGGGGCAUUCCGAGAAUUGAACUCGGGACCUCUCGCACCCUAAGCGAGAAUCA